UUGGUUUUGAUACGAGUCACGAUAUAAGCGGAUUACGGGUACGCUUCUCUCUUAUUAAGCCGAUUAAAAACCUCUUCGCCUUUCUCUCUCGAUCGAGAUUACUCUCAAUCUUCUUCGAUUAGGGUUUCUUCUUCUCUCUUCCUUUCCUUGUUCUCUUCUCUCCAGCUGAUCUCUCUACCGAUAUGGACUCUACCGCUACUGCACUCGUCGUCAAGGUGAGCUAUGGAGAUGUGCUUAGGCGUUUCAGGGUGCCUGUUAAAGCUAAUGGACAGCUUGAUCUUGACAUUGCUGGUCUUAAGGCUAAGAUCUCUGCUCUCUUCAACCUCUCCUCCGAUGACUUUUCUCUGACUUACUCUGAUGAGGAUGGGGAUGUGGUGGCCCUCGUUGAUGACAAUGAUCUCUUUGAUGUUACGAACCAGAGCCUUAAGUUCUUAAAGAUCAAUGUUCAGUUUAAGACUGGCGUGCCAUCAAACCCUAUUGCUCCUGAGACUAGUGGGAGUUCCACCCCUGCUGGUUUUCCUCACAGCCAAAACCCGGUUUCCAAAAUCCAAAAGGGUUUCAAUGAUGUUCUGAUGGCUGUUCCUAACCCCAUGCGUGAUACCAUAUCAAAGGUAUACAUGGACCUUGCAUCCAAAGCUGCAACUUCUAGUCCUGUUGUUGGUGAGGUGCUUGAUUGCAUCUCCAAGCUAGGCCAGCUCUCCGUUCCUCAGGAAACUUCAGGCCCUUCUCUGAGCAAGGAUGUUCCUUCCGCUGGUGAGACUACCCAGACUGGAAGGAAACCCGCUGGCUUUGCUGAUUCGAAGGCUUCUGCUCAUGUACCAUCCUCCCCUGGACUGGGUGCUAGUUUCAAUGAGUGUCCCUUUAGUGGCAGUACCGUGAAUGACUCAUGUCCAUAUCCAAAUUACUUCAACAAGCAUGCUCGUCGUGUAUGCCAUUCCAAAAAGAACACCAAUGGUGAUUACUGUACCUCAUUGGGUGUAUUCCAUAAGGGCAUCCGCUGUGAUGGAUGUGGAGUUCUUCCAAUAACUGGGCCUAGAUUUAAGUCGAAAGUUAAAGAAGACUAUGAUCUUUGCAACAUCUGCUUUUCGGUGAUGGGUAAUGAUGGGGAUUACACAAGAAUGGAUAAGCCUGUAUCAGUUCAACACCUGCGUCCUUUUAGACAACUUGCGGUAUCAAAUCCUUGGCUGAACCACCCUGUGCCACGGCCAACCAAUGAAGGUUUACAUUUCAGGUGUACGCGUCCUAAACUAGACAGUCGCUUUGUCCUUGAUGUGAAUGUAGCUGAUGGAACCGUUGUUGCUCCAUCCGCUCCAUUCACUAAGAUCUGGAAAAUGAGGAACAAUGGUUCGUUGGUGUGGCCUCGUGGCACACAGAUUGUCUGGAUUGGUGGAGACAGAUUCAGUGACACGUUGUCUGUUGAUUUACAGAUUCCAGAACAGGGUGUGCCUAUCAACAGUGAACUUGACGUCAACGUUGAUUUUGUUGCGCCACAGUUACCUGGUCGGUACAUAUCUUAUUGGAGAAUGGCUUCCUCUAAUGGUGCUAAGUUUGGGCAACGUGUUUGGGUGUUGAUACAUGUUGAUGCAUCCGUGAAGGAUUCUGUUGUGAAUGAGUUUCAUGGACUGAACUUGAAUGCCUCCCCCUCCCCUGAUGAAAACUUUUCAAGUGAAUUUACAGGGAUGAUAAAUUAUGAGGCAGCUCAACCUGUCAGCUCCAACGUUAAUCCUGGGACAGUGAAAGCUGCUGAUAUAGAGGGAAAAGUUGGUGAACCAGAGGUGCCGGAAAAAGAAAACCUGAUGGGUGAAGUUCUUCCUGCUAUUCCUCGCAGUCAUUCUCCUUCAUCUUCAUCUUCAUCGUCGUCAUUUAACAUGGUCGAGUUCCCAAGAAUGCCUGCUGUUGAGGUCUUGUCUGGUGGUUCUUCUUCAACAAAAGACAUCCCAGUUCCUCUCCAAGAUGAUUUAGAGAAGAAUGACGUUGAGAUAACCAUGCUCAAGGAGCUCGAGGAAAUGGGUUUCAAGGAAAUAGAUCUGAACAAGGAGAUUUUGAGGGACAACGAGUACAACUUGGAGCAGUCUGUUGAUGCACUUUGUGGAGUUAGCGAGUGGGAUCCUAUCCUAGAGGAGCUUCAGGAAAUGGGCUUCUGUGAUGAUGUAACGAACAAGAGGCUGCUUAAGAAGAACAAUGGAAGCAUCAAAGGCGUGGUGAUGGAUCUCCUCACAGGGGAGAAGGAGGCUUAAUAAGUCUGGCAACUCUACUACUCUAUCUAUCAGGAAUAAUUAUAAUGUUUUCAUAAAUAAAACCUGAUCUCUAGUUUGGUUUCGUGCUGCGUCACACAUGGUGGUGUUGGUCCUUUGCUUUGUGUUGGGAUGAUAUUACUAUUUAAAAGGCACUUAAUAUAAGACGUGGAGUUUAUCUACUUAUUUCCAUUUGGUUAUGUUCAUUUUGUCA